CUAACUGUCAUUCAUUCAUCUUCACACAAUGUACAAGCUUCCAGCUUUUUAUUAUUUUCUUUUGCUUUCUCUAUUUUAUGCUUCUUCCUUGGCCUUUUCACGGAGCCAAGACAAAUUAUUCAACCAGGCUAAGAAUUAUGAAGGUUCUUCUGACCUUGUCAAUCUUGAAUACCACAUGGGGCCUGUUCUUGCUUCUCCUAUAAACUUGUACAUUAUCUGGUAUGGCCUUUGGGAACCAACCCAACAAGCCAUUAUCAGAGACUUUAUCCAUUCAAUCUCUAGUUCUUCAGUUUCCUACCCUUCUGUUGCUGAUUGGUGGAAAACCGCCAGGCUCUACACCGACCAAACGGGCUCAAACAUUACAGGAAAUAUUAUUCUCUCACAAGAGUUUUAUGACUCGAGAUACUCCCAUGGCGGUUAUCUUAGUCGUUUAGAUAUGCAAAAGAUCAUCAAAAACGCUGUCACUUCACCUUCAAGAGCAUUGCCUCUCAAUCCCCACAAUGGUCUCUACUUAAUCCUCACCUCUUAUGAUGUUCAAGUUCAGGAUUUUUGCAGAGCAGUGUGUGGCUUCCACUACUUCACAUUUCCAACGAUUGUAGGCGUCACUAUGCCUUACGCUUGGGUUGGAUAUAGUGGCAGUCAGUGUCCAGGGAUGUGCGCAUAUCCAUUUGCGCUGCCAAACUACCCAGGGAAGCCGCCUCCGAGAACAAACGGCUACAGCCUCAUGAUGCAUGCGCCGAAUGGGGAUGUGGGUGCCGAUGGGAUGAUCAGUGUGAUUGCUCAUGAGCUAGCAGAAGUGUCCAGCAACCCUCUGGUGAACGCAUGGUAUGCAGGAGAUGAUCCAACUGCACCAAAUGAAAUUGCAGAUUUGUGUUUGGGUGUUUAUGGGUCAGGAGCUGGAGGUGGGUAUGUAGGAAAAAUUUACAAAGAUUCUUGGGGUAAUGGUUUCAAUGUGAAUGGAGAGAAUAAAAGGAAGUUCCUGGUUCAAUGGAUAUGGAACCCUUUGAAAAGGAGAUGUUAUGGGCCUAAUUCCAUGGAUUAGAAGGGUAAUUGACUUAUUAUUGUGCAUAAUUUUCACAGUAUAAAAAGAGAAGGGAAUCAUUUCAAGCCAGUUGCCUGGUCGGUCAGGAGUGUACUUGCUUUGCUUGUGCUUUUCAGCCUGACUUGAUGCUUGUUUAGUCAUGACAGUUUCAUAGUUACCUUUUGUGUACGCAACACACCUUACUGUAAACUGGAAAAGAAUGACAAUGGCGUGCAGCACAGAGCUUGAAUAAACAAAAUUGAAGAAGAAA